AUGGUCGUCGCCGACGUCGACGCGAUCGAUCGUGAGAAGGAUCGAGCGAAGCGUCUGACGCGACUGUUCGGCGAGGACGCGGACGCGGACGCGGACGCGUCGCGCGAGGACGGGCGCGACGCGAAGAUGGAGGACGACGCGUCGAGAGAGACGAAAGAGACGACGGCGGCGACGAUGGAGAUCGCGCGCGACGCGAGAGCGGAGGGAGAGGUUGAAGACGAUGCGGAUGAUGACGCGGAGCGGUCGAAGGAAGGCACGGAGGACGGUGAGAUCGAGAGUUCGGACGAAGAAGACGAAGCAGUUGCGGGCGACGAGUCGCGCUCCGAGUCGAGCGUAGAGACGACCGAACGGUCAGAACGAUCUCAGGAGGGAGAAUCGUCCGCGACCGAUCGUACGUUGUCACGGGUGUCGACAUCGACGGAUAAGCCCGAGCGGUUGCGUUUUGCGGCGUCGUUACCGCAGCUGUAUCGAUACAAGGAUGGCGAAUACGUCGCGGUGGGCGCGGCGGGCCUGGCCAUCCUGGACCGCGAAGGCUCGCGUGCGCGCGAUUUACUGUUGUACGACGUGAAUAAGAAGCCACUGAUUCGUCGAACGAUCGAUCAUCGAUUGACGUGCGAACCACAGCGAGACAAUUACGUCACGGUUAAAUUCAAUGGCUCGAUUCUUUUUAGCGCGCUGGCGCAGGACGAGGGCGAGUGGCUCGCAAUAGCGGUCGAGAUUACGAUAGGUCAAUACAUCGCUCGAAGCAUAAGUGCGGAAAAUUUCGUCGAAGAGGCGAUCGUGUUGGAUCUGAACGGACCGGCGCGUGGAAUGACAAAGCUCGAGAUGGGCGACAGCGCGAGACUACAUUACGAGGCGGUGAAAGGAGGCGGAUCGUCAUCUUUUCUCGAGCCGGACGUUUUGACUUUCAAGCUCAUCGACGAAACUUCUGAGCGCGUUGAUGGUGUCAAGGUGAAGCUCGAGAGCGAUUCGUCGGCGCCGAGUGCGGUCGUUCAAGGGAUAAUUGGGUGCUCAAAGGACUCGCGUCGCUUAAUCUUGGCACCGAAGACGGAAACUGAAUUCGUCUUGUACGACGUAACGGUGACUCGCAUUAAAAAGGGUGGGUCCACAAAAACGACGUCAUCCGUCAAGCCAAAAGCGAAACCGAUCGCACCGGUGGAGCCAACAGGGCACGUGGAAGCAAAUCCGCGCGGGCCCGACACUCGCGGUGGUGACAAGUCGACAACGACAGAGACUCCGAAGACAGCGCCGCGCGUCGCCCCGAUCGCUGACGCACAAUUCGCAGUGCCGAGCACGCCUCCAUCGCCGCAUUGGUACGGCCUUCCCGCGCAAUCAUUGAUGAUGACGCUGAGUCCAACGGAGAGUGCCGCAGUGCUCACCGAGGUUCGGAAACUCGCCGACGAUGUGUCGACGUUAACCGUACGAGCUCGACAGGGCGGAUCGUGGAUUCCUCCGGAACCGGUGGGAGAAAUGAAACAUGCGAUAGAGGCGCUCACGCGCGCGCGCCGGACCGUUAUGUUGCCCGCCAUAGAUGUGAGAGCGUUGAGCUUGUCGGACGUGCGCCAACUAACUGUUGAGGCGGAGCGCUUGGACGAACUUCACGAGGAGCUUCGUGAGCUUCGUAAAACGAAAGAAUAG